CUAGUACACAGUGCUAACAAAAUGUCGAAACUUUCAAUUGUUUACGUGUUGCUCUUACUGUUUUUAGCGACUGAACUUUCGUCAGCUACUUUGGAUGCACUUUCCAGUGCGCUUAUAUCGCCAGUGCUUAGAAAAGCAAAGGGUAAUACAAUAUUUUCGCCACUGCUUCUAAGCGAGGGUCUAAUGCAACUUUAUAUGGGCGCGGAGGGCAACACUGCAGUGGAAAUAGCGAAUUUGCUACAAAUCAAAUGCACAUUGAAAGCGGCAGCAAUCGAAGAUUAUUACAAAUGGCAUCGCACGCUGAUUGCGCCUGCAAAUGUGAACUUGAAAAUGGGUAACCGCAUUUACUUGGCAAGCAAUGUACCCAUAAUGGAGGACUACGAGCAUCAAGUAGCUGAAGUGUUUAAUGCUACGAUACAGCAUGUGAACUUUGCUGACAGCGACAAGACAGUUGGCAUUAUAAACCGCUGGGCUAAUGCAUUAACUCAGGGUAAAAUAACUAAGCUGCUGGACAAAACCACUGAGCAAACCAAGCUUAUGCUGCUUGGUGCAAUCUACUUCAAGGCCAAGUGGCAGCAACAAUUCAACAAAUUGCAUACUAAACUACGCGCUUUUAGUAUAGCGCGUCCAAAUGGAUUCAUACGCACCAAACAAGUUGAAACUAUGCAGAUUAGUGCAAAUUUUGCUUAUCGCCGCUUACUGGAUGUGGAGGCCACAGCUAUUGUUAUGCCCUUUGCAGCAAAUCUUUCAAUGGUUAUACUGCUGCCUGAGAGCAUCGAUGGAGUGGAUAGACUUUUGGAGAAUUUAAGUAAAGUCGACAUCGGCUCAGUUACGGAAGAGUUUGAAACUUUCAUUACGCUUACAUUGCCGAAAUUCAAGUUUAAUGUGGCAAUUGAUUUCAUUAAAAUAUUAAAGAGCUUGGGCGUCAACGAUUUGUUUGACAUGGCAGAGUUAAGUGCAAUGAGCGAGCUAACGGGUUUAAAUGUGUCCAAGUUCUUGCAAAAGGCAUUUAUUGAAGUUAGUGAGCAAGGUGCGAAAGCGGCGGCUGUUGAAGCCAUACAGUUUGCUCGCGGGAAAAGUCUAACUGGACCCGAAGUUAACAUUGAUCAUCCAUUUGUAUUUCUAAUAAAAGACGAGCAGCGAGUUUAUCUUGCGGGCGUGGUAAAGGAUCCUGAAGACAAAAAAUAAAUAAAAGCUGCAGCCAAAUGUCUAAAUUAA